AUGGAUCCGCACGCUGCCGAAACGCUCUUGGAAGCGUUCAGCACCUCUGUCGGGCACGUAUGGUCACCAGGGUCGGCGUUGUUCGCUGUUAUAGAACAUGAAAUGAGCUCACAGGAGGUGGCCAUGCUCUAUGACAGCGAGUUGCAGAGGCUGGCACUAAUGAUGGAAAAGGUCCGCUCGGCGCUCUCAGACGCGUGCGUGCAGGUUGCAACGUUGCGCAACCGAAGCUCUUCCGUCGGUCAGCUGCCUGAUGACAUACUCUACCUCGUCUUCCAUAUCUGUGCGUACGCUGGGACCGCGCGCAAUCAGCUCUGCACAAGCCUUGCAAUCUCCCAAACUUGUUCGCACUGGCGACAGCUUUCACUGUCAUGUUCCCUCAACUGGAGCCGCGUGGAUCUGUCAAACAUACCGGAGAAGUUGGCGCGGCUACUGUGUGAGCACAGCGGCAAUUGUGCUCUCAGGUUCAGCUGGCCCGUCUCUUUAUACGCGACACCCCGUAGCGAGUUUGCCGUCAAGCUCUGUACCGAGAACUUGCUGCAAGUUACGGAGCUCAGCCUCGUUGCAACACGAGUCCAGCUCGUGCCCUGGGUGUAUGAAGGCAGCGCUCCACAGAUACACGAGGUCUUUCUGCAGAAUGCAGACGCAUUUGCGUACGCCCCACUGAUCCUUGAUUGUCCCCUGUUCCGUGGAGAGACCCCGCACUUGCAUCACCUGUCCCUCGUGGGCAUACGCAUACCGUGGGCUACGGGCAAUUACCGCAACCUUCGCACGC